AUGGAUAACCAGGGUGGAACGCUAGCAAAGCGAUAUGGCGAAAUUAGAAGCGCUCGUAAAUUAAACAAAGAAACAAAAAAAGACCGUCGUGUUCCCAGACAAGUGAAUAAAUCAAAAAACGAAAUUACAGAGACUGACAUCUUUCCUGUACUGAGUAUGCAAUUCCAUGGAAUCAGCUUAGAAGCAUGUGGAUUUGUUACUUCGGUGUACGAGAUGACUUUCCCGAGGAAGUUAGUCUAA